AUGAAGAGAAAACGCAAUGGGCCUGAACCUGCUGUCGGCCGCACUCCACGCUCCAAGAAGGCCAGACUUGCAACGGACCAAUCUCCCGUCGCCACACCAGCAAUCGAGCAUCCCGUGCUUUCUCGCCUCUACCCCGGAGUGCUAUCGUUGCGCCACUAUCUGCUGUCACGUCUGCCAGCCUCGUCUAAAUUGAAGAGCAGGCGACGGAAAAUAUCUCAAUUGGGAAUCCACCCUGGUCAGGGAGACAUUGCACCACGUGGUAUUGACCUUGAGCUCGGCGAGCUACUUGACACGACUCUCGUAGGCGUUAUACCUAGUUCACGUGCGAAGAAACCAGAGGAAGCGACGAGAGAAAGAGAUGGAGACCUGGAGAGCUUUACCCAAGAGGUGGCUGCUAGCAAUGGUUCGGCUGGGACCUUCAAGCCAGGAUAUUUCCUGCAGGCUGAGAUUGUGGAUUUUGUGAUCUGGAGACUGUUUAAGCGAUCAACGUCGUACAAACCGUCGCAUUUACUUUGCCAUGGCUUUCAGCGGUCAGGUGCACAUGGUCAACAUGGGCCACAGAAGACAGCUCACUCCAUCCUUGGACUAUCAUCCUAUUUCAGGAACACAAGCGUAGAUACGCUCAAGGGGCAAUUAUGGUGUCGUUUGCACGCCGUCCUGGGCAAGGAAGGUCGAGUCAUUAUGAUGGAAAUGCUCAUGGAUUGUGGCAUAUUUUCACCAGUAGAACGAAGCGAAGCAGACGGCAACCUCCUGCAAUUGAGCGGUGUUCCACUUUCUGACCUGAAGCCUGUGCAUACUCUCGACAAUGAUCCUGCAUCGAUACUUAAGGAUAAUUUCGCGAAUAAGAAGCCGCAAUCCUUAGUGAGCGAGAACCGGAAACCGAAUGCUAUCAUGUUCGUUCGCAACCGCAUGUUGUAUGCGCGUGCUGCGCUCAAUGCAAAAGGAGGCAUUCGUUUUGGCAUGCGCCACAUUCGUGAGUAA